UUUAACAAUAACAACUUUUCUAUCAAAGAUAGCCCACUAAGCUCUCUCCCCAAGCAGAGCAACCAAAAAACUUCAGCCCCUAUUAGCUCUAGCUAGCCAUGAAUGACAAAGUGGACAAGUUGGUAAUUUUCUUGGCAAAGAGAGAUGGAAUCGACAAGCUCGUCAAGACUUUCCAGUACGUCUCCAAGCUCGUAAAUUGGCACGUCGAGACGACGUACCCUGACAUAGCCACUCGAGCCAAGCAAUGGGAAGUGGCCUCUGGCCUUAGCCGAAAAGCCUUCCGGAGUGGUCGAUUCCUCACGGGAUUCAACGCCCUCCGGAGGACCCCGGGCACAUCCCGGGGUUUCAGGUUGCUAGCCGUUCUCGCCAAUUCGGGGGAAAUGGUCUAUUUCUUCUUUGACCAUUUCCUCUGGCUGGCGAGAAUCGGAGUUCUUGAUGCCAGAUAUGCGAAAAGGAUGAGCUUUAUUUCUGCAUUUGGUGAGUCUGUUGGAUACGUGUUUUUCAUUAUCGCGGAUUUUAUCCUCAUAGCAAGGGGAUUAAAAGCAGAAAGGAAGCUUUUGAUUGAAGAGGAGGAGUCUAAGGAAACAGAAGGGGAAAUCAAGAAAAUUAGAAUGGAUAGAAUUAUGAGAUUGAUGGCUGUGGCUGCUAAUAUAGCUGACCUUAUAAUUGCCUUAGCUGAAAUUGAACCAAAUCCAUUCUGUAACCAUACUGUUACUUUAGGCAUUAGUGGCUUGGUUUCUGCAUGGGCUGGUUGGUAUAGAAACUGGCCCUCAUGAGCAUAACUCAGAUUGAUGAAAAAUUUCAAAAGUGUAUCAUAUGAAUGUAACAACCUUCAGUUAUAUAUGAUCAGCGCACGCUGUAAAGUUGCAAUUUACAACUA